AUGCCGGCCUUGGAUGAGACGAUAACGGAACGGAAAGGGUCUUCUCAAACCAACUUUCUUACUGCAUUCUCUGCUCUAUGGGGAGCCUCGUUGGAGCAACCACAACGACCACUUUGGGAGUUUUUCCAGCCACUAGUUGUGCCAACCCGAGAGGUAUAUACAACUCAUCUUCUAGUCAACCUCCUUUGGUUUGCCAGAAACUACUACAACCUGGCCUUGCUGAUUUCUUGCGUGCUGGCCAUAUACAUGCCCCCAUACACGUUGAUUGUGAUUGUUAGUUGUAUCAUGCACGUUAUGAAGCGAUACACAUUUCGAAAGUCCUUAGUAACGGCUUUCGACACUGCCACGCCGACACGGCAGGAAAAUGGUCGUAGCGUGAUAAUGAUGUUGCUGAUGCUUCUACAGAUCUGUUGCUGCAUUUACACCUGGUCUUUGACGGGGUUGUUUUCUAUUGUCAUGUGUGUUGUCGCUGUGGCGACGCCCAUAGUUUUUCAUGCCUUUUUUACACCCUACACGGAUGAGGCUUUUAAACUCUACUAUGAGGUUCUCCGAGCGAGGGAUUUGCCACCUCCAAUGCCUCGUUCACCGACGUGUUUGUUUUGCUCCGUGGACCCAGAGUUUGAUGUUCGCGGCAACGUGGACGCGUUUUCAGUGAGCUCUUGGCAUCUUAGCAGUGAGAAAGUUAACAGGCGAAUAUUGUCUCGCUCCUUCCCGGCGCCUCGGCGCCCACUCAAGGAGUCAAAUUCAGACAUUCACUGCCAAAUACAAUCUUCUGAACUUAUUGAUCGCAUAGGACAAAAUUUAAUGUCGGGUAGCGUUGCCACUUAG